AGAGCCCAGUGACUUGAUUCUAAAAAUUUAUAGAGCAGAAUCAUAUGCUGGUCUCCAAGAGUAUAAAGCAGCCAUUGAAGAUUUAAAUGCAGUUCUCUUCCAACUUCCAGAUUGGCCUGAGGUCUACUUCAGGAAGGGAAAAGUGCUCCACGAUGCUGGUUUUUUAGGUGAUGCCUUACAACUCUUUCUUCAGUGCUUAACCCUUGAUGAAGAUUUUGCCCCUGCAAAGCUACAAGUAGAAAAGAUUUUAUGUGAUUUAUUAUCACCUGAAAACUUAAAAGAAGGCCUGAAGGAACCUUCUUGGAGUUCAUUACCAUGUACUAAAAACAAGCCUUUUGGUUUUCCUUCAGUAAUGGAAGAGUCUCCGUCUCCCAGUGAGCUUAGCCCAAAGCAGAAUGAAGAAAUACCAGAGAUCACAUCAGAGCAUGUCAAAGGAAGCUUAAACCGUGCUCAGUCAGCACAGUCUAUAAAUUCAACAGAAAUGCCUACCCGAGAGGAUUGUUUAAAAAGAGUGUCCUCAGAACCUUUACUGUCUGUUCAGGAAAAAGGUGUUCUGCUAAAAAGAAAGUUGUCCCUUUUAGAACAGGAUGUGAUUGUGAAUGAAGAUGGAAGAAAUAAGCUUAAAAAACAAGGAGAAACUCCGAAUGAAGUCUGUAUGUUUUCAUUAGCUUAUGGCGAUAUUCCAGAAGAAUUAAUAGAUGCCUCAGACUUUGAGUGCUCUCUUUGCAUGAGGUUGUUUUUUGAGCCAGUGACAACCCCUUGUGGACAUUCGUUCUGUAAGAAUUGUCUUGAGCGUUGUUUAGAUCAUGCGCCAUAUUGUCCUCUUUGCAAAGAAAGUUUAAAAGAGUAUCUAGCAGAUAGGAGGUACUGUGUCACACAGCUGUUGGAAGAAUUAAUAGUGAAGUAUCUGCCUGAUGAACUGUCUGAGAGAAAAAAAAUAUAUGAUGAAGAAACUGCUGAACUCUCACACUUGACCAAGAAUGUUCCAAUAUUUGUUUGCACUAUGGCCUAUCCCACUGUGCCUUGCCCUCUUCAUGUAUUUGAGCCAAGAUACAGACUGAUGAUUCGAAGAAGUAUACAAACUGGAACCAAACAGUUUGGGAUGUGUGUCAGUGAUGCACAGAGCAGUUUUGCAGAUUAUGGUUGUAUGUUACAAAUUAGAAAUGUACAUUUCUUGCCUGAUGGAAGGUCUGUGGUUGAUACAGUUGGAGGAAAGCGGUUUCGGGUUUUAAACAGAGGAAUGAAAGAUGGAUAUUGCACUGCAGACAUCGAAUAUCUGGAAGAUGUGAAGGUGGAAAAUGAAGAUGAGAUUAAGAAUCUCAGAGAACUUCAUGAUUUGGUGUACUCUCAAGCCUGCAGCUGGUUUCAAAAUUUAAGAGACAGAUUUCGAAGCCAAAUUCUUCAGCACUUUGGAUCGAUGCCCGAAAGGGAGGAAAACCUUCAGGCAACUCCUAAUGGACCUGCGUGGUGUUGGUGGCUUCUAGCAGUUCUUCCUGUAGAUCCCCGCUACCAGCUGUCAGUUUUGUCAAUGAAGUCUUUGAAAGAACGGUUGACAAAGAUACAGCAUAUACUGACCUAUUUUUCUAGAGACCAAUCUAAGUAACUAACUGCUUGGAUGUUCCUGUACAGUUACCCCAAUCUGGCUGUGUUGAUGGCCAGAUUGUCCGCUGCCUUUGCACAUCCAGUGCUGGUUUCAGAAAUGUAAUGAAACUUUUUUUUUCUUCAACCUCCUGAAUCAUGUGGUUCUGCAAAUGAAUACCUUCAACUAGGAUUUAGACCACUAAGAACUUGCACAGAACAACACACACUGAAUGUGUGUUAAACCUCUACAUUGUGAUGAAGUUGCACUAUGUACCAUAUUCUAAAAUGAAAUAAGAACUCUGUGUAUGUCUAUGGCGUGUGUGUGUGCGCAUGUGUAUGCGCGCGUGUGCGUGUGUGGGUAAUGUGUGUGUGCAUCUUCUCUGGCUUUAAAAUUUUAAAAGAAAAAAAAGCCAUAGAGAGCAGAACUUGCUGAGGGUCAUUUCUUGCCCAAGUUUACAACAUAGCGACACAAGUUUUUCAAAUUGAAUUUGCCUCAGAUGUAUCUGUCCUAAUGCUUACAUUUGCACAAGUAUGUAAAAUAGAGAAUUGAGUAUCCUUCUCCAUUGGAAAUACUGCUCUUGCUGAAUUGUCUUGACCAUUGACUAUGACACAGUUUCUUAUUUAUGUAAAUAUUUGCAUCACAGUAGCCGCCAGGCAUUGGAUGCAGAACCUAGAGCCAGUUUUCAGGAACAAUCGUCAACCUGACAUGGUACUGUGCAUCUAUUCAUAAAACACUUAAAACUGUGAAAAUAUGGUUUACAUUUAAUUGUAUAUAGAGGUAAAUGGAGAACUCAAUUCAGUACCAGUUAAUUUGUACAUUUUAGGGGGCUUUUCACAUUAACUGCCCAUCUGUGUAAUUUAUGGUUUGACAUGAUGUGUGUGUUUUAAAAAAUUACAUAGUAUAAACCCAUUAAGGAUCUGGGAGAAGAGAAGAAGUUUAAUGUAGAGCUAAGCUUUUAAAGUUUGUUUUGUUUUCGAAUUCUGGUCUCGGUGCAAACGUUAGUUAUGCCUUAUUCAUAUCACAACUAGGUCACCAUGCUGCGACGUGGUUUAUAUUCAUGCGGCCCUAGAGACUUUUGUAAUUAUGUGUUGCAAACUUGUAACUGUCUCUAUUAACUUUCUUUUAUGUAAGUAAUUUGUAAAAGUUUCUUAAAUUUUUUGCUUUUGCUUAUUUAAUUUUGAAUAAAAGCUAAAUUCAUAAUACUCUUUUUCUUAAA